CGAGGCAGCGUGAAGCUGGGGCCUGCUCCCCGCAGCCUCUGGAGCGUGCCUCAGACCUUUCAAGACCUAUGUUGCUGGCCCCCCAGAACCCGGAACAUGGCAGAUGGGGCGCAGGCCAACCCCAAAUGGUUCAAAAAGAAGGUGCUGGAUAGAUGCUUCUCUGGGUGGAGGGGCCCACGCUUCGGGGCCUCCUGUCCUUCAAGAACCUCCAGGUCUAGCCUGGGUAUGAAGAAGUUCUUCGCCGUGGCCAUCCUUGCCGGCAGUGUUCUGUCCACAGCCCACGGCAGCAUGCUCAACCUGAAGGCCAUGGUGGAGGCCGUCACGGGGAGGAGUGCCAUCCUGUCCUUCGUGGGCUACGGUUGCUACUGUGGGCUGGGGGGCCGUGGCCAGCCCAAGGAUGAGGUGGACUGGUGCUGCCACGCCCACGACUGCUGCUACCAGGAACUCUUUGAUCAAGGCUGUCACCCUUAUGUGGACCACUAUGAUCACACCAUCGAGAACAACACUGAGAUAGUCUGCAGUGACCUCAACAAGACAGAGUGUGACAAGCAGACAUGCAUGUGUGACAAGAACGUGGUUCUGUGCCUCAUGAACCACACGUACCGAGAGGAGUACCGUGGCUUCCUCAAUGUCUACUGCCACGGCCCCACGCCCAACUGCAGCAUCUAUGAACCGCCCCCUGAGGAGGUCACCCGCAGUCACCAAUCCCUGGCGCCCCCCACCCCUCCCUAG